AAUAACUUCAGAGGGGUUGGAUUCUCCUGGGGGAGGGAUUGUGGAUCUCAGGUAAGAGCUUGGAUUCAAGGUCGGGAGCAGAUGCAGAACCAGGAGCUGUCAGAGCACCUCAGUGAACCCAGCACUUCCCAGGCCUGUUUAGGGGGUGCCGUGCCCUUCUGGCCUGACAUGUGAGAGACAACAGACAGGGAGGAACAGUUUGCCAGGGGUCUGCAAAAGUCAGUGGGAUGGCUAGACCGGCCCGGUCCCCAGCCGCCUUGGUCCCUGCUGUCCACACCAGCCCUUCCCCUCAGAACGCAUCACACCCAUUCUCUCUGCUGCCUGACAUGGCCUGCAGAGCCCAGGCAGAGCCGGAAGCUGGGGCUCACACGGGGGCGCCAGUGAGCCUGGUGCCAUGAAGGCCCAGCACUGCUGCUGGUGUCCGCGCUGCCCUGCCGGCAGGAAGGACCUGGGCUGUGCGCCUUCGGACCAUAAUGGUCCUGGAGCCCUCGUCCUUUCCUGCAAGCCAAGCCUCAGCACGGAGAGGCGCAGGGGCGCGGCCCCGGGUCCCCAGGGCCAGGAGGGUAACCUGGGGCCGGGGGUUUACCAGCCCCCAGUGCUUUUCCAGGGGAGGCUGUGAGGCAAGACCUCUUCCGAGCAGGAGGGGCCCUCCGCGAGAGCAGCGCCUCCCGGUGGCUGAGAGCAGACGGCCGACCUCCCACCCUCAGCCCAAAGCCUGCGAGGUGCACAGUGGCUGCUGUCCUGCCCGCAUCCGCACGCCGCCCAGGCCUCUUCCACCCUCCGGGACCCGGCUCUCAGAACCCUGCCCUGAGCUUCCCGGGGACGACCAUGUCCCCUUGUGUCCCUGCGGAGCGCUGGGCAGUGACAUUGCCGCCCACGCCGCACAGUUCCGAGCUUCCUCCUCUGGCCUGAGAGCUCUUGGAGGGUGGAGCCCCUGCAGGACUUCUGUGAACUUCUGCGGCUUGGCCUCAGCGAGGCACCGAGAAGAUGAGGUCAGGCCGGCCUUCCUCGGCAGGCUGAGGAGAGACCCGAGAAUUACAGCCGCCCGUGGCCCCUGCUCACCCUGCCCAGCCUCCUUCCCUGCCACGGGAGGGGCGAUCUCGGGUGUGUGGUGGGUUGGGGGGAUGCAGGGACGCUUGUCUCUCCCUGGUGCAGAGCAGCGCGACGGGAGGGAGGGAGCAGACACAGGGCCUGAUGUCCGUCUUCCUGGCUGUGGCCCUGGGCCGGUUACUCUGCACUCUGCCUGGAUCCUGUGUUGGUCGGUUCCCGGAAGAGGUCCUGGGACAAAGGCCUGUGUGCAGGUGACAUUACGAAAGUGGCCUCGGCAGAAGCCACACAGCAGAGAAGGAAGCGGCGUGGGAGGGGUCCAGCCCCACCCAGCCAUGCAGGUGAGCUGGCCUCCAUCGCCCCACCUGCGGCAGGAGCAGCCGUCCACCAAGGGCUGCAGCGGGCACUUCCGGGCCUGCUCUUCCGGCCUCUAAACCCUGCAGGGGCAGCCACAGAUGCGGGGAGCACCGAAGGGAAGGAGCGGCCCAGGGCCCUGGGUCUGCUGCCCUCGGCUCUGCAGCAGAACGGGGAGGCUGAACACCACUUAGGUGUUAGAUGUCAGGACAGCCAGGGCAAAACCUAGCUCAGAACCUGGCCGCACUGUCCGCCAGGAAUGUCGCCUGCCUUGAGCUCCCUGCCAUGUUACAGGCGCUCAAUAAAUAUUUGUUGAAUGGAUGAAGCAGCCUCCCAGCUGGUUAAACCGGGUUCUCGGUGCCCGCCCCUUGGCCGCCCAAACUAGAUCAAAGUCUCUUUGUGUCUGGGCUGGCUGUGAGGAUCACAGCAGGGCCCAGCCAGGCAGGGGUGGGCUUGCGUGUGUGGUGCGUCCAGGCCACCACCCUGGAGCCCUGGGAUCUUCCCCGAGGGGCCGUGGCUGGGUCACCGCGGUCACUGUCCUGGCCCCCGCCACACUCGCCAUGAACCGCACACUCUGCUGCCUGUGGCCGCAGCUGUCCUGCUCAUCAGGCACCCACUAUGUGCUGGACACCCUCCUAGGUGCCGGGAACAGCCCCGGAAGCAGAGGGCUGCCCUGGCCCCCCUCGGACAGAGGGCAGGACAGCACCGCGGGGUUUGCAGAAGGCCGCAGACACUGUAUGGAGAGGUCCUCGGUCCAUCAUAGGUGGCUGUCGCACAUACCAGAGCCAGGACAGGGCCGUCUGCGGCGUGCGUGCCUGGUCUCAGUGGCAUUUGAUUUCCACUGUCGCACGUGGCCACCACCCCCAUCAAGACGCGGACGUGAUCGGUCAGCACGUGGGCCUCCCCGCUCUGCGCCUCCGUCCGCACACCCUCCGUCCCUCAGCUCGACAGCACCAGUCUGCAGUUCCGUCAUGGCGACGAGCACUGCAGUGUGUGACCUUCCAAGACUCAGAACCCCUUCACCCGGGUCUCCAGGUCCCUGCCCUGUCGCUCCCUCUCUCCCCAUGCCCCACCUCCUUCCUUUACCUCUAAAACUUUCAGGGUGCAUUUCCCAAACCCAGGGCCUCCUUUUACAUAACUGGGGUGCAAUGACCAGGGCAGGGAGCCACACUGACCCAGGACUGUCAACCCCGGAUCGUUUUCUGUCCACCGCCUGUCCCUCCAAUGCCCUUUAUGGCUGGAGACAAAGGCGCUCUCUUCUGGCCCAGGAUCAGGCCCUGGGUGACAAGGUGUCCUUGAUGGCGGUGGAUCUGGAGCAUUCCACAGUCUUCCUCGUUCCUGACGGGGACACUUUUAAAGACAUGAGCCAUUCUUCUCCCGGACACCCCUCUCUGGGCGUGGUGUCUCCAGCAGUGAGAUUCCUGCUUACUUUACGGCGGGAACACCCCUGCAGUGACACCUGGGUCAUACCAGGGAUAUGAAUGCCACUUGCCCCCUGCUAGUGACAGCUGUGUGGCUCUCCUGGUGAAGUGGGCGCCUCCCAACUGUCUCCACUGUGAAGCGACUGUUUUCCCCUUGUAAUGAGAGAGUAUUUGUGGGCGCAACCUUGGCACCCUUCCAAGUAGCCUUCUUGUUGCACUUUCACCUGCCUCACAGCCACAGAACUUUUUAUUGGCCCCGUAGUGACCCGGAGGGACGAAUGCACGCACGAUGCCGGUCUCAAACCACAAGUGAGCGGCUCGGGCAGCAGAGUGCGCAGGGAAUGGGGUGCUCCCCCCGGGAGGGACCCUGCGCCCAGGCCUGGAGGAAGGGCAGAUGGGCCGCAGCGAGCUGGGGGAGCCUAGGAGGCUGAGGGACCCACAGUGCGAGGCUGGAGCAGGACCAAGCCUGGCUGAGACAGGGGCAGGGCUGCCGGGGACCCGGAGGGCAGGGGCGCGCGUCGGGUCCGUGCCUGGGAAGCAGCUCCCUGGCUCUGUAGCUCCAGCACAGGGGAGGGGACUCACAGGGGGGGCAUUGUGAUACUGCCAGGUGGUCAGCGGCCCUGGGGAGAAGAUGGAAACAUGCACCUGGCUGCCCCGAGGCUGAGGAGGCCGGCGCUGCUCCAUGAAUAGACAGGGUGUGGGGGUCCAGGGUGCCGGGGUUUGGUCCCGGGGAGAAGCUCAGUGUGUAGCAGCAGCCUCAGGGAGGGCCAGACCCAGGCGGGCAGCAAAGGCCUCUGCUGUAGGAAGCCCCAGGGCGUGAACAGGAGAGGACGUGCUUGGUCUCCUCCCUGCGGAGCCACCGAGGCUGUGACAGUGCAGGACGGGGCCAGGAUGAGCCGUUCUCUGUCCCUCGCUUGGAGGGGCUCUGAGGUCUCGGCUGCGGAGAGCUGAGGCUGGGGCAUCCCGCAGGGACCCAGCCAGGCGCUGUUCCGACCCUCACUCCGGGAGCGAGCGGGUGCCUUCCCUCGGGCACAGCCCAGCUGGUGCCAUCUGCUCAAGGCAUCGUCCUGCGGUGAGGGCCUGUGCCCUCUGUCCCAGCGCCAGCCACGGCCAGACACUGCCCUCUGUGCAGGCGCCCGGCUGAUCUUCGGUCUCAGUCACUCAUUCAUUUUCCGUUCAACAAAUACUUAUUCAGUGCCUGCUUUCCAGCCAUCUCUAGGGAGAGAAAACAUCGAUCUUGUCAGUGUAAACUGAUACCACCAUGAUGGAAAUCAGCAUGCAGAUUCCUCAAAACGUGAAAACUAGAAAUUCGGCUUGGUCCAUCUGUUCCCCCCUCGGUAUUUUCCCAAGACUUAAAGACAUCGUAUCACAGCGACCCAAGCACACCCAUAUUUAAAGCAGCACAAUUCACAGUAGCUAAAUCUUGGCAGUGGCCUGUAUAUCCAUCAACAGGGGAAUGAAUAAAGAAAACGCGGUUUUACACCAACAGAGCACUAUCUGCCCUAAAGAGGGACCAACUUGGGCCAGCUGUAGGGAAAUGGAUGUACCCCGAGACCAAGUGAGAUUAUGCCAAACACAAGGGCUUACAUAUCGCAUGGUUUCUCUUACAGGAGAAACUCAAUGUAACUGGCGUGGUGGCGCACGCCUGUAAUCCCAGCACUUG